AUGAGCGAUGAUGAUAGCAUCGACUUCGAUAUCACUAUUUCUGGAUCGAGAAAAAUUCUAGCAUUGAGCAAUGCUCGACGACUCGAAGGAUUUCUGUUCAAAGCUAGAAGGAGGCAAUCGGUGGGCUUCCCAGCAACUCCUCCACCACCAUCACGAAAGCAGACAUGGAUGGAUCGGGUGCAUAGCCGGUUGGCCUUCUGUGCCCUAUGCGUAUUUGUGCUGUUCAUUGUCGUCGGAUUAGUAUUGCUGUUCUCAAAUAUCCAAGAACGUCCGCCGUAA